UCGUUACCGGAAAAAGACAAGCCGUAGCCUACAUACUCAAGUGUCUCAAAGUGACCCUUUUCUUGCUCGGUUUAGCAUCAUAAGCAUAACUCAUAAGCAGACUACCUACCCGUACCCUAGAUGGCAGUAUCUCACCUCAGCUAGUUUAUAUAUUCACAGCUGAAGAAAAACGAAACUGACCACGUUACUCGCUCAUAAUGUUUUGACGUGUUUUUACUCGUUCUAAUCUGUUUUAUCUGUAUGUGUAAUACAAGCUAAGUGACAUUUAAGAAAAAUCACAAUUUAUUACGGACGGAUGGGAUGAAGGUACGAAUUUUACUAUAUAUUUUGACGUUCGUGUGAGCUCAUUAACUUGCGCACCUGAAAUACAACCUGGAAAUAGAGCACUAUUACAAUGUCCAUUGUGCCAUGUUACCUCUGGUAGGAUGAUCAAAAGUCAAGAGCAGGAUGAAUUCAUUGCUGUGAGAGUUCAGGAUCCUCGCGUUCAAAAUGAAGGGUCGUGGAUCUCAUAUCUGGACUUCAAAAUUUUCCUUCAUACAAACAGCAAAGCAUUCACUGCCAAAACAUCCUGUGUGAGGCGGCGAUACAGCGAGUUUGUGUGGUUGAAGAAAAAACUGCAAAAGAAUGCUGGUCUGGUGCCUGUUCCUGAUCUGCCCAAAAAGUCUUUCUUCUCAUUUAUUAAUGAUGAAUUCAUUGAAAGGAGGAGAAAAGGUCUUCAGAGCUUCUUGGAUAAAGUGCUGCACAUGACGGUAUGCCUGUCAGAUAGCCAGCUCCAUCUUUUCCUGCAGACUCAGCUUCCUGUCAAGCACAUUGAGGACUGUGUGCAGGGUCACACCCCUUACACUGUGACAGAAGCCAUUCUGACUUAUGCGUCCUCUAACCGUGGCUGGGUGCAGGAGGAAGGGGGCGGGGCCAGGGCCCAAGAAUUAUGGCCUACCCCUGUUCCAUAUGAAUCCGCAGAGAGCCCUGCUCCUCACCUCCCUUCAUUACAAAAUCCAGGAGCCACAUCUAGCGGACCUUUAAAUGAACUUACAGAUGUUUCAGACUCCGAGUCGAGACCGAGUGAUUCAGAACAGACUGCACUUGACCUGAAGCAGGGAAUUGGCCAUGGGCAGCUGCCUCAAGAGGGAGAGAGUUACAUUACAUUAGUAGUUGAAGUCCACCCGAACCUUGUUGUUUCUGUUGAAACCGAGGAAGAGGAUGGACACAUUGGAUCAAAAGAAAUGCAAAGGCUUGAUAAGGAUGCCAAAGAUCUACAAAAUUAUGAUUGUGACUAUCUUGCUCCACAGAUAGAUGGACUAAUUGAAGACAAAAUUCAGCAAGGAGAUGCAUGCAAUAAAGAAGAUCUUAAACAAGAAACGACUGUUGUCGAAGAUGCAGUAGAUGUUACCUCAGUAGACGGAGUCAUCGAGAAAAAGAUUCCUGAUGAUUUCAAUGAAGUGAAGAAGGGAAGUCAAGAUAUUGGACUUGAACAGGACAGCGAUUUGAGACGAGCCCCUCAUGAAGAAGAUCCAGGAGUAAGGAUCCAUAAUAAUGAAGUUACUAUGGAUCUCAGUGCUGUCGAGGAAGACAAUGCUGAGAAGGUACUUGAAACCGCAGCUACAACUGUAGAAGAUGUUGCACUCCAUGAUGCUUUUGAGGAGAGCACGUCAGAUAUUGAAGGUCAAGAUAAAGCUGGUAUAACAGAGGAACAUGCAACCCAGGAGAAUGGAGUCAGUGAUGAAGACUGCAGCGAAGAUGCUGCUGUUCAGGAAGAGAAUGAGGUGCAUGUCGGGGAAGUGAACAAGCUCAAUGCAAAAUGUUUUCAGCCUAGCAGUGCCAUUUUGAUACUUGAGGGAAUUGAGGAAGCAGUGAGCACGCAAAUGGCCCCCGUGACAGAGACUGUCAGUAACCUUGAUGCAAAUACUGCUGAUGUCAACACGCUUGUUUUACACGCCAUAGAGAUUGAUUCAAUGCAAUGUCACGAGACGGACAGUCAUAUAAUCAUCACUACCCACCAACCAGAUACUAACUAAUUCCCAUGGAGAAUUAGUACAGUCAUAGAUUGGACAAAGUGUUCAAAGAGUGCUCCCUUUGGCUCUUUCCCAGUUAUCAUCCAAGACGUUUUUUUUUUACUGUGAUCUCAAAAUGAGUGAGUGCAUGUAACUAUAAAGGGAGGAACACAUCUUUUUUUUUUUUGUACUGAUCCACUGUUGAUGUGUUCAGACUGUUUACAGAAGAUACACUGAAUUUUUCCCCACAAACAAUGUGAACAAACAGAGAUAAUGCACUGACUAAUGUGCCAUUCAGGAUUGUGAGCAAAUUCACAUGCAACGAAUAGUUAUGAAUCCAUGGUAGUGGGCGAGAAAAAGCAGUGCACUAUGGCACCGUGAUUCUAAAAUUCACCAUUCUUAAUAAAAAUAUUUCUGUGUUAGUAUGAUUUUCGCAACAGCAAUUACCCCAUGACAUGUUGCUGAUCUAUUUUUAGCAUUUUCAAAACUUGAUUUUAACUGACAUGUCACUUUCUAAGGCACUUCCCUUUUUUUCAUCCAACUGUAAAAACAUGUUGCUCACAGGUGUUUGCUCUACUGGAACUUUGGGUAAUUUAAGGGAUAGUUCACCCCAAAUUGAAAAUUGUCAAUAUUUAUUCACCCUCAUGUUCUUCCAAACCUGAAUGACUUUUGGAAAAAUUUUCCAAUAUUUGGAAAAAUGUCUGUUUUUCUGUCCAAUGUUGUUGUGGACCCAGUUGAAUUUAAUUUGUACAGUUGAAACAUUCUUCAAAGUAUCAUCUUUUGUGUUUAAAUGAUUUUCAUGAGGGAAGUGGAAAAUCAUUUAAGGGUGAGUAAAUGAUGACAGAAUUUUCAUUUUGGGGUGAACUUAAUUUAUUAUAAUUAAAAUGCAUUGGUAUAUUUAGUGUAGGUGGCUAAUGGCUGUUAAGAUUUUUUUUAUAUAUAUAUAUAUAUAUAUAUAAUUUCAGGGUCUUUGGUUUUUUAAUUUCCUUGUAGUUUAAUUUAUGGUCAAAACACUAAUUUCCAUACAGAAACUUUAUGAGCUAAGGAAAAUAACCCAAAUUUGUAAGAAAUUACAGUGCACAUUGUUUACAAUGAUAAAAUAUUUUAUUUUCCCCAUCCUAACUUAAUGUUGCACCAGGUCAAGUAGGCUGCUCGUUGACUGUUCUUCUAUAUUCUGCUGUGAUGUUGUGUUUAGUGGCUGCUUGUAAUACUAAUAUGGGAACAGAAAUGUACUCAAAAGGGAAUUGCUUGUUGAUUAAUAGGAAAGGAUACUUCUUUAUUUUCUUAGAUAAGGUGAUCUCUUAUCACACAGGUGUUUUUUCCCCCCCGAAUCAGCACAGCAAGACAAUUAUGAAUGCACAGUAGCAUUACAAAUUCAGAGCAUCCUAAAUUAUUUGUUUUUCAAGGAUUGAAGUUAAUAUUUUUAACAGUAUGAGGUUCUGUAUCUUAUUUUAAGUUGGGAAUAGUAUAAGAACGUCUCAGUUGGCUCCACUCGUAAUGUGACAUUUUCAUGCUCAUUUGAAAGAGCCACAUCUGUCGGCCUAGACUUCAUUCUGCAUGAGUGCCAGAGCAGGUGUUCAUCACUGUAUGUAUGUUUGGAUUCACCAAUGUGCUUACUAACAGCAAAUGAAUAAAGAAUGAGGUUGAAAUGAAA